AUGUCCCCCCAAGACGCCCAAGACGACGAAGAUGACUACAUGAACAUGACCUUCCAAGACGCUCCCCCCACCACAGAAUCCUCCGUCCAGCGCGCCGAGCGCCUCAAACGAGAAUCUCGCGCCCGCGGCAUCAUCAAGUCCAAGGCACAGCUCGCACAGGAAGAAGCCGCCGCAAGAGAAAAAGCGCUGGCAACGUCCCUGCUCGAGGAUGCGCGCGCCAAGAAGAGCAAGGGCCUUGCCAUGAUGGCCAAGAUGGGCUUCAAGGGAGGCGGUCUGGGGAAGAAGACGGAAGACGGACAGGGCUCGGGCAAGACGGAGCCUAUCAGGAUUAGCAUGAAGGAGGAUCGGGGCGGUAUUGGGAUGGAGAGCGAGAAGAAGAGGAAGCUUCAGGAAGCUGCCGAGGAGCGGGAUGUCAAGGCCGUCAAGAUUGAUCCGUUGGAGUAUCGCGAGAGGAUGAGGGCGGAAAGGGAGGAUGCGAGGCUGGAAGCACAGCUGCGUGCUGCGCAGCGGACGGCAGAGAGGCUAGAUGAGGAAAAGACGAGCACAGAGCUGAGCCAGAAAUAUCCUCCCCCUUCUUCUUCUCCAUCUUCGGAAGAAGAAGCGUCAAAGUCGAAGUCAAAGCCAAAGCCCAAGACAGGAUCUUCUAGGCCACUCAAGUCCGUCCCAGUGCUUUAUCGUGGCUUAGUCCGUCAUCGCGAGGAAAAGGAGCGUGAGCGACGGAUGAGGCGCGAAUUGGACGAAUCUCUUUCGCGGUUACCUACGUAUGAGACUAGCGAUGAGGAUGAUGACGAUAAGAUGGCUAUGGGAAAGGAUGUUACCUUUGCUCUUGCGGAUGAUUCGGAUGAGGAAGAUGAAGAGCUGCAGGAGUUUGAGGCUCUCGAUCUCAAGACGAGACUGGCGCGUCUUGUCAUGUACCUGCGAGAAAAGCACCGGUAUUGUUUCUGGUGCAAGAUGGCGUAUCCAGAUGAUGAAAUGGACGGGUGUCCUGGAAUUACAGAGGAGGAUCACGAUUAG